AUGGCAACGGAACAAUUAAUCGCGGAAAUGUUAAGUGCAAUUAAGCGACAAGGCGACACAUUGACAGCGUUAGUGCAAAACCAACAAGUGGCAAACAACGUUGCUGCAAAUAAUACGAACACAAUUGUAAGUCACAACAUUAUGAUUGAAAGUUUCGACCCGGAAGAAGAAGAUUUUAGUUCAUACAAAGAACGGUUAGAGAAUUUUAUUAAUUUAAGAGGAGUUAACGAAAAUGAUGAUAAGACAAAACGAAAUUUACUGCUGGGGUGUUUAAAACGAGUACAGUUUCAACAGCUAGCGGCAAUAACAGCACCAGAAAGACCAGGAGACAAAUCGUACGACGAACUAGUAAAAUUGUUGACACAACGGUUUGAUAAAAUAACGUCAGUACACACAGAAAGACAUAAAUUUCUAUCACGAAUACAAGGUAAAACAGAAACAAUAGCGAAUUACGUUAGCGGAUUAAAAGAAUUAGCACAAAAAUGUAACUGGGUCUGUCCAAAAGAAGACUGUAAGACUGUCAUUGAUACGAUUUUUCAAGCACAAUUCAUACGGGGACUCAGAGAAGCGAACGUUCGUGAAAAGAUGCUAAGUAUGGGCGAAACAACGUUAGAAAAGACGAUACAAACGGCUUUAAACAUUGAAGCUGCGCAUAAACAAACUCGUGAAGAAUACGCAGGCACAGGGACAUCUAACGUGAACAAAAUAACACAGCGACAAGCAAGAAGUAAAUCAAGAGGCGAUAGAACAGCUCUUACACCGCAUACUUCCAAAAGUAGAAAUACAUCAAAAUCACCAAAUCGGAAAUCGCGAAACAACCUGUCAAACAUUGGUCUGAACGGGUUAUGCCUCCAUUGCGGGUAUAAUAACCACACGUCACAAGAAUGCAGCGUAAAACACAAACUAUUUUGCAAAGCCUGUAAAAAAAAGGGACACAUAGAGAAAGUUUGUAUAACCACACGAAAGAAUACGAGUAAUGUUCGCCAGACGACCACAGACGACAACACAUACGAUGACGAAGAACGCAAUAGUAUAAACAAAAUAACCGAAGUUACUAUUUUUGAAAUUAAGAAUGAAGAACAUUUUGCGCGUAAAUUCAACGUCAAAGUUCGGCUCCAAAAUAAAACACAAACUUUCGAGUUAGACACUGGCAGUCCAGUAACAAUACUAUCGCAACACGACUAUAACAAACUAAAUCUACGAGCGACAGUUACUGAAUGCACAAAUAUACGUUUUCGAGCAUACAACGAAGAAUUAAUAAUACCAAUUGGCUACGUUGAAAUACCAGUGACAUACAAAAGAUUUACAACACAUCUUACGUUAUACAUCGUAAAAAGAAAUUUCACUCCGAUACUGGGACGAGUGUGGUUCCGGAAACUGAAAAUAAUACAUUUACCAAUAACGAGCGAACACGACGGUGAUGAAAACGGAAUAAGACAAAUAGACAUUACGGGGAAAUACCGACAAAUUUUUGAAAAUAGAGUGGGGAAAAUGCCAAACGUUAAAUUUAAACUGGAACUAAAAGAAGAUGCGACACCGGUUUUCUUGCCCCCACGCACAGUUCCAUUCGCACUACAUCGUAAAGUAGAGGAAGAGAUCGCGAAACUUGAGCAAGAAAAUAUCAUUGAAAAAGUGGAGUUCAGCCAAUGGGGUACUCCUUUGGUAGUCGUACCCAAGGCAAACGGAGAAAUAAGAAUCUGUGCAGACUACAAAAACACCGUCAAUAAACAUUUGAAAGAAACUCAUUAUCCAAUUCCGAAAAUCGACGAGAUUAUAAACAGCACACACGGAAGCGAAUAUUUUUGCGUAUUAGAUUUGCACAAAGCUUACCUACACAUAGAAUUGGACGAAGAAAGUCAAUUAGUAGCAGCAAUAAGCACCCAUUUACCCAAUAAAUACUUAGUGGACUAUCAAACGUAA